AUGUUAAAGAUCAAGGAAGUGGUGGUGGGGUGCACUAGCGUUCCCUGUGCUGCUGCUGCGGAGAAGACCUGCCGUCCCCGGCAGCCCCGUGUGCGGCGCACCUCUUCGCUGGACACCAUCGUGGGCUCGUACCUGCUGGGACAGUGGCCGCGGGACGCUGAAGGAGCUUCCACUUCGUGCAUGAAUGACAAAGCUACCCAGACUCCAGUGUCCUGGCAUGACGUGGAAGUGGGGAAAGCCAGCUCCAGUGCCCACAAGCGUUCUGCUUCUUGGGGUAGCACAGAUCACCGCAGAGAGAUUGCCAAACUGAAGCAGCAGCUCCAGCGAACAAAGCUAAAUGGCAGAAGUGGCAAAGAAAAGGAGAAGAGCUCCCCGCUCCAGGGGGACCAUGCUGUCCUUGGAUCGCUCAGGGACGCUUCUUCAGGCUUCCUUUCUCCAUCGCCCGUUUUGAGGCUCAGCCCCUGUUUGCAUAGGAGCCUGGAAGGGCUAAACCAGGAACUGGAAGAAGUGUUUGUGAAGGAACAGGGAGAUGAAGAGCUUCUGCGGAUAUUGGAUGUCCCAGAUGGCCACAGGGCGCCAGCGCCUGCCCAGAGAGGCUCUGGAGAUGCGUCCCUGACUCUGGAGCCCGGCUCUCUUUCUCCUUCCCCUUCCGUGCCUCUCCGCCUUUCUCCGCACACCCUGGCGAGACUGGCGGCAGAAGAGCCCUCCUCUGCGGCAGACGAGGGUCUAGAAGAGCACGGCUGGUGUCGAGUCGGAGAGCGCUGCUGGAUUCUUCUAAAAACUUCUCAAAACCUCUCUUCUUCCCUGCUAGAGGAGGGCAGCCCUUCACCAGUCCUGGCCUUUGCUGCUUCUCCUCGGCCCAACCACAGCUACAUGUUUAAACGGGAGCCUCCUGAGGGAUGCGAGAAGGUCCGAGCCUUUGAAGAAGCUUCCUCCCCCAGCCCUGAUCAGCCUUUCCAGCCUUCCUGCCCGGAUAAGAACAAAGUGCACUUCAACCCCACCGGUUCUGCCUUCUGCCCCGUCAGCCUGGUGAAGCCUCUCUUCCCAAACGUGGGUUUCCUCUUCAGGAGCUUUCCAGCUUCUCCCAGCCCCGGCACGGGCGUGUUUACAUCCUGCCAGCCCGCAGCUCCCGCCCCGUUCCUUGGGGUGCGGAAGGACGCUGCAGUAGAUAGCUUCAGCGAGAGGGCCGGGGAGCAGCGGGUCCCUGACCGUGCCUCCCCUGGACACCUUUACCCCUCCAAACAAGCCUGGAGCUUCCGGAAGGCCGUGCUAAGCGGGGAGGAGCGCGGGGGGCUGAACGCAGCUUCGCCCAUCCGGGCUCCGGGAGGCUUGCGUGGCUGA